AUGGUACCAAAUCCAGGUGAUUCAUCGAACGAGUCAACAUCGUUAACUAAUCAGUCGAAAUGUGACGGUAAACUUAACGACAGAAUGGAUGAACAAGGCUGGGAAGAAGGAAAGAUGAAUGAGGCAAAGCAUUUGAAAUUAAUUAGCGAUGAACUGAAAGCAAAGGGAUGUCCUGUGUUUGGUGGCAAAUAUUGUGAUAGAUUACCCGCUGAUAUCAGGGAGAAAGCAGGUGCAUUAGAAGCGCGACUCGAUACUCUCAUUAGUGGAUCGGUUACUAGUCCGUUCAAGAGUGAUACACGUGACGAGCUACGUUUAUUGAUUGCUCAAGGUUUAACAACCGCCGCUUUCAAAGACAAAAUGAAAAAAUACGACUUUUCCCUGAAAUGUAAUGCAGUUUGGUCAGCUGAUGCUAUUGCAUAUCGGUGCAACACAUGCGCAUUCAAUCCAUGCAUGUCUUUAUGUAGUAGUUGCUUCAAGAAUUCAAACCAUGAUGGGCAUGAUUUCAAUCGUUUCUUUUCACAAGCUGGAGGCGCUUGUGAUUGUGGGAAUGUGGAUGUUCUAAAAGAGUCGGGGUUCUGCUUUCGACAUGGACCAAAUGCAUGCCGUCCACCGAUCCCUUCUCCGAAUAUUGUUUCAUUGGGAGAAUUCAUUAUCCCGAAACUCUUUGUUCGGUUAUUCCUGUGUUUUCGAGGUUGGAAGAAGCAGUACAACGCUUGCAACGAUGGUUCUAUCAGGGAAAGUUUCAGUAAUCAUCUUGUUAAUCGAGCACGUAUUUUGAUUGAACUAAUUCAGGAGUUGGUUGACUAUGGUGGUCCAAUCCGUGACGUCAUCAUCGGGAAUUUGCUUGAUCGACAGUUAUAUCACGAUUUAAAUAAGCGCAAUGCUGAUGAUGAUAUUAGAGAUCAUAAUCGCACUCCUGAUUUUUCCUUGGAUUGGCGAACACGUGGUUUGUUUCUAGAAGAUCUCCAGUCCUUGAAACCAAUUAAUAAUUCAAGUCAGAUUAAUGGCUGCUAUGAGCCGGAAUGUCUGUUGGACGAGUUGAUAUUUUGGAUGGUCCGGCUCGUAUUUCCUCAGAUAAUAAUCAAUCUAUGUCUAAGCUUGCUAUCGGAUGUCAAUUACAGGGAUGUUUUUGCGAAACGGUUUUUCUCGUUAUAUUUUUGCAUAGCUGAAAUUUUAGUUGAUUUAUCCAAAUGUGAGGGUGAUAGCGCUAUAUAUGCUGUUGGUAGCCGUAUUAUACACAUUUCUGUACAGAUUCUUUCCAGUGAAGCUCAAUGUCUUAAAUUAGAUGAUGAAAUCAACCUUAAAGAUAAGAUCAUUUCAAGUACUUAUAGUGUUAUAAAAACCGGUGUUCAAAAAUCUACAAUAACGCAAGCAUGUGAAUAUUUCUAUCAAAAUACACCACCGCCGACUAGCGACGACAAAUUGUUCAAAUGGCUUGUAUAUUCUGUGGGUGAUGCUAAUCAACCGUUACGGAAAGCUUCAUACUGGACGCUCGUUAGUGAUUUGCAGAAUUUGUUAACACAUGGAGAAAUUGCACGACGAUUUUUCCGUGACCAGAAAAGCAUGAGAAAUUAUAUGGCUUUAAUAGCACCUAUGCAAGGGAUGAAUCUGAAUUAUCGAAUAAUCGCUGGUAACCAUCUGGAAUAUGACACCACUCAUCCAUAUCAGUUAGCAUUUCAUCUUGAAUGGGAAGUCUCAGCUGUGAAUAUGUUCAAUACUUUAGCUGCAUUGACGGUCGAAACAGAUUGCAUGGAUAUCUAUCUUCUUCAGUGGAAAACCAUUUUAGAGGAAUGGUUCAGCGCUAUUGGUUUAACAAAGAACGAUGUAUGUGUUCAGCCGUACUGCGUGAGUUAUCAUAUCCCACUACACAGGCAUUUAUCUGCUGGUAUUUUGCGCUGCAUUGAAUUACCAGCAUUUAUUUCUUCCCUGGACAUCAUUAUUGAAGAUGAAGCGUUUCUGCGCAAAAUCCUUUUUCAUCCAUUGAGGAUACAGGUAUGUCGCGCAGAAACGUCAGCUGGUAUGUGGGCAAGGAACGGUAAUGCGGUUCGAAAUCAAUCAUUUUAUUAUGCACAAACGAAUUAUAACAUUGCUUUUAUGGACUGCGAUAUAACACUGAUUAGAUUUGUAGCGUGCUUUAUUGAUACUGAAUGGUUCAUGGAAGUUAUUACUACUGCUUUUUAUUUGGAUGAUUGCUUGGCGCUUUGCGGUCUUCUUCCCGACGAUGUUGUUCUCCCGGAGAAAAGAUGGGUAGUCACACGCAAGGAAUGGGUAGAUUUUCUAGUUGACGGUAUUUUAAGAUUGCUCUUGGAUAUUUUGGUUAUAAGAUGGAAUAUCCACGGAAAUAUUUCGAAUAAUCUAGAGAAUGAAAUUGUUGCUGCGCUUGCAGUUAGCGAUCUGACCCAUUCGAAAUUAAAAGCAGCAAUUCCCGAGAGAGGAAGCCGACCAUUUGUUGAUGACAAAACAUUUGACAGUGUGUUAGAAAAGCUGGCAGUGUACUGUGAACCUGAUCAAGGAAGUCAUAUUGAACAAGGAGUUUACAUGUUGACAACAGAAUCGUGGCAAACUCUGUUCGACCCCGUAUUUUGCAGAAUGCGAACAACUAGUCCACGUGAAUACAAUGAUGCACUGAUGCGCUCCGAAAAUAUUGAACGCAGUUUACCGAAGCACUCAACGAUUACUCGUUCUGGUGAUCACCUGUGGAUUCCUUAUCGUCUUUGUUCAUUUGAUAACAUUUGGACAAUGCGUUGUGCGAGAUUUCUUAUUACACCAUCGUUUUUCGACCUGUUGCAUAGGAUUUUAUAUGCUUAUGUUGAGCAGCAGCAGUUAAACGAAGCAAUUUUUCAAACAGCUGUUUAUUUUUUGACAUUAAUGGUAAAGUUUGUUACGUCAGAACAGUUUUCAUGCCUUACUACGGAAAAAUCGAAGUUACCAUCGUCUGUGCAAGAAACAUUAAGUAUUCAGAGAAAUCCUGUUUCUACUCUUCUCUCAGUGUUCACCGAUUUUGCAGACACUGGAGAAAGGCAAGUACCAUCAGUAAUUACACUUCUUUUGAAAUAUUUGCGCAGAAUGAAUGGCGAAAAUGCUAUUAGCGUUGAAUAUGAUCAUUUGCUGGUUCAGUAUAUUUCCAAGCAAUUAAAUCUAGAUCCUUUAUUGUUGGAUUACAUUUCGGGUUAUGCUAUCGAUUACAUCGGGCGUCUUUUCUUCUGUAAAAAAGUACAGGAGGUUUUGGAUCAGUUCAUCAGUGAACAUCAGGUGGAAACGCUGAAAUCAGACAUGCUUCAGGAAAAGGAUGAUGCUUAUUCACCUGCAAAAUUGGCUCAUCGAUCGACUGCAAAACGUCGUCAAGAGGCCUUAAUGAUAGCUCAUCAGAAAAAGAACGCUAUAUUAAUGAAGAAGUUGAUGGCAAUGGAAGGAUUAACGCAAACUCAAAUGGAUGCAAUGGAUACCACGGAGAAUUCGCCAGUGAGACAUUACAGAUGCCCGAUAUGCAAUGACACAACAGCAAGUACUUUGGCUGAUCCAGUUGGACUGAUGUCUCCCGUUGAGCACUCUUUACCUGAGGAUUGUCCAUCAUUAUCAGUAAUGGAAAUGGGAGAUAAAGGCAUACAUACGAAUCGUAUGAUGCUGAAGAUUUUUAGUGCUUCACGUCGAUCUCUUCUUCAGACUCGCUUCCCGAAAUAUGCAGAUCUUAUCCAAGCUCCAACCGGUAUUGAAGUUCGUACAUGUGGUCAUUAUGCACAUGUCGAAUGCUACAAAACAUAUGUUAAAACGUUGCUUGAAAGUUCAUCAUCAUCAACUGAUCCGCUGGAAGCGCGAAUAGAAAUUUCAUGCCCUGUAUGUCGUGCAACAGUUCACACUAUACUUCCUUUGGCUCCAGAUACUGGCGUUGAAAGAAUACGAUCUGGUAUAUCCUAUCAAAAAAACAAUUGUACAGAAUUGGUGAAAGAAGUGGAAAGGCUUAUAAAUAGUGACACCUCUCAUAUACAGGGUAAUGAAGAAACGAAAUUUGUGGCAUAUCAGCAAUUGUUUUUAAAUUUUACUUCUCUUUGUCAUCAGUGGACAUCUUACCGUGGAAAUUUCAACGAAAGUACACCAAAAAAAGGCCAAAUUUUCGCUUUCGGACUUGCAAAAGGUAACUUGGAACGAAAUCUUCUAUUAUCCGAGUCAAAUUUUUCUGAUCGUUGUUGCCAUGAAUUACCAACAGAACAUAUGGUAUAUGGAGCACGUCAUCAAGGCACAAAACGUGAUACAAGUUUUAUGAUCUAUCAAUGGAGGCAAUUGGUUUUCGGAUUCGACCAAAAACAGGCACUAGUAGAAACUACUUUGGAAGAUAACUAUACUCAAUAUUUUGCGCCAAGUGAUUCGGAUAUUCUAGCAUCAUCCACAGUUGAGGCAAAAGCAGCAAAAAUGCGUAUGAAUCAAGACAUUGAACUAGAGACAGGCACUCCAAUGGUGCUGUUCGACUUGAAAACAACGCUGAUUCGCAUUAGUAGUUACAUCAUCACCAAUGAUUCCUUGACUAACGAAGAUAAGAAAAGCUUACUAGCAUUUGUUUACCAGGUAGUUCUGUAUGCAGGAAUUGUUCGUACAGCGAUUGUAGCAGCUUUACAUAUGCCGUUAUCACAGCUGAAGCGAACAGAAAGUCUAGAAUUCAGUAAUGAGGUAUUUACAUUCGCUGUGAAAGGUGUUAUAAACAGACUUUUUUCACGUCCUCAUCUGAAAGCAGAAAAUAUUUUGUUGAAAGAUGGAGAUGAAGUGGAUUUCGAAAAAGCUUUACAUUAUACCUGUACAGAUUUAUCUCGUCUUACUACACAAUUGUGGCACGAAUGUGGUAUACAUAAAUAUGAUCAAGAAUAUUGCAUUAGUCGUGUAACAUUCAUGGAAAUUUACAAGUUACUGACAAAUAAUAACGAACUUUCCCUUGAGUUCUUACCUCAUGUUCAUAUCGAAAAGUGGGUUGAUGCAGUGCUUCGAUGGAUUACUUGCAAAAAUUUCGUGGAGGACUUACAUAAGGAACCAUUAUCAUGGCGUAGGUUCACCCUUCUUACGUUGCCAAAAAGUUACGAUGACUUAUUUGCUCGAUUUUUCGGUUGUUCUUGUGUGGCUUGCGGAUUUGUUCCUCGGAUGCCAUUUAUCUGCCUUCUUUGCGGGCAACUCUCGUGCUUGGAUAGUUGCUGCACGAUAUCAGCCAGCGAAACUGUUUCUGCCAACGAAGUGGAGCGACACGCACUGAUUUGUAGCAGUGGUGUAGGAUGUUUUUUGUCACUGAAUACCUCACUGGUUGUGAUAGUUUGUAAUCGAAGGGCAGCACUUUGGGGUUCGGUCUACUUAGAUGCUCAUGGAGAGGAAGAUCGUAAUUUAAGACGAGGAAAACCAUUAUUCUUAUCGGAACGUCGUUUCGAAAGGUUGAACGCUGACUGGACAAUGCAAUCAUUUGAACAUUUAGUCGUGAAUUUCUUUAAUUUUGACGAUCUAAUAUCUUAUCUUCGUGACGCUCAUUAUGUGCUUUAA